GCCACGGCCGUGAGGGGAUGUCGAUGCUGCUGCUGGGCCCGCCAUCAGACUCCUGGGUAACAGUUCACAACCUCAAACAACUGGAUGGAGGGAUAUUAGACCCAGACGACCGGCUCAAUGAUGUGGCAGAUGACAGAGAGCAGAUCAUCGCCCUGUAUGAGGAACAGCCCCAUCACCACCACGGAGGAGAUGGAACUUCAGCCUCGUCUGACUCUGAGAACCCUUCCCCGGAUAUCUUCCAGGAUAUUGAGCACAAAUUUCCCCAUUUACCGAAUGACAUCGAGAUAACGGGCGAGGAGUUAAGUGCCACCCCACCUCCUCUCCAUGUACGGCGAGGGAGUGAGCCUGCACUCAAUCGCUUGUCACCUAUCCCACCUGCCAGUGUCCCUCCUGACCCUACCAAGAGGUGGUCAGCAGCACCAAUUAUAGAAGACCAGAACACACCACCCAGCUCCACACCUAUGAAGACUAUUGUACUAUCUGACAACCCUGCAAUGGCUCGAUGGGCAGAUGCAGCAGACAAGGCCUUAGCGGCAAGUGAGGGCAGACGGAGAGAACCUCUAGGGGGGUCGGCUUCCUCCCCACUGCACUCCCGAGAUCCAUCCCACGAAGACACAAACAUCAUCUUGUUAGUGGUGCUAAGUAAUGACCGAGGGCCACUAGGGAUCCACGUGAUCCCCAGCACAGAUGGUAGAGGUCACGAUCAAGGUCUGCUGGUGGAAGGGGUGGAGCCCGGUGGAAGAAUAGCACGGGAUGGUAGAAUAGAAGUUCAUGAUAGAAUAAUAGAAAUAAAUGGAAGACCUCUAAAUAAUAUAACAUUCCAAAAGGCCCAAGAAAUUUUUAAAGAUGCCAUGUUAACCCCAGAGCUUCGCCUCCGAGUGGUAAAAAGACCUGACUACCGUGACUUUAACCUUCAUCACCAAGGAUCCUUGACCUUUUCCUCAAACGAGUUGGUCGAAGGAGAAGAAAGAUUGGUUGGAGGAGCUAAAGUGGCCAGCGUCAUGCCUACCAGAAAAGUUCCCCCAGCAUCCCUAUCAUCCCGUACACAGGCUGUUAUUCUUCAGAGUAACACGCGCAAGCUCGGCCGUAAGGUGACGGUGCACCUCACCAAAGGUUCACACGGUCUUGGGUUUUCUAUAACUACGAGAGACAACCCGGCUGGAGGAGAAGCACCGAUUUAUAUAAAAAAUAUAUUGCCAAAGGGAGCGGCGAUUGAAGAUGGCACACUACGCAUCGGAGAUCGCUUGUUAGAAGUUAAUGGUGUCGAAGUGACAGGCCGCAGUCAGUCAGAGGUGGCAGGUCUACUGAGACAGAUAUCAAUAGGUGGAGCAGCGACUCUCACAGUAUCUCGUCAAGACCAACGUAACGGAGAGGCAGGCAGUGGGGCGGGCGAAGGAGCAUCAGAAACUGACAAACCUUCUAGCCCUAAACUGCCGAGACAAUUGGUGUCCAUCCACCCACAAGACAGCCAACCUUUCUUCUGCCAGCCUGCAGAGAGAACCACGGAGGAUAGUCUUAUGUUUCCCUGGAAGCAAAGAGAGAUCCUCAUGUUUGAAAUUCCAGUUCAUGAUUCAGAAAGAGCCGGAUUGGGAGUGAGUGUGAAAGGCAAGACAAGCUCAGGUCCCAAUGGCUCUGUUGACUUAGGAAUAUUUGUAAAAAAUGUCAUUCACGGUGGCGCGGCUUCUCGAGAUGGUCGACUCCUCCAGAAUGACCAGCUCGUCAACAUCAAUGGCUUGUCGCUUCUUGGCAAACCUAACAGUGAAGCCAUGAAGACCCUUAGAACAGCAAUGCAUCAAGAGGGUCCAACCCCAGGUAUGAUCUCCCUUACCGUCGCCAGAAGAACGGACCACAACAAAGAGCGGUCAAGCCCCUCCUCAGCUAACAGAUCGGGUCGGGAGUCAGCCAACAGUCUACUGACGAACUCUUCAGGUACAGAGACAUUAGGUGGGGCCAAGUCCUCCCCUGCCACACCAACACCCGACAAUUCUGGUGUUACUGAUUCCUCGGAAGCAACAGUCAUUUUUAAUGCCAAUAAGUAUGAUGAUUGGCCUGAAGCCGAUGGAGGAGAAUUUACGAAUAUGGACACAUUCGAUGUUAGGAACCCAGUCAUCCAAAGAUUAACUAGCAAUAAUGGAGCGCUUCGAAAUGAUAGCUACUAUAAGGCAACCCACGACACUUGGAACACAUCACAGCUACAACAGUUAGUUAUGCGAGGUGAGCGCGAGUCAUUAACAACUGGAGUUCCUGGUAUGAAUCCUCUUGGUUCCCCAACUGUUAACCUGCCAUCUAGGGACACUCUCAUCAUCCAUGACGACGCUGGGACCCAUCUGUCAACACAAAUUGGUGGGUCAGAUGGUCCUGGGGCCUCCACAGGAAGCUACAGUGACCAUCCCAGUCAGACAGAUGAUGCCUAUACCAGCCAAACCUCCCUAGAAGAGAAUGUGGCAGGGUUCUCCCGGGAUCAGUUUGGUAGGCAAAGUAUGUCAGAGAAGCGCCAUGCCACCUUGGAUGCCAAAAACACUGACACAUAUCAACGUAAUAAAAAAGCAAGAGAGGAGAGAGAGAAACAGAAGCAGUUGAUGUUGGCUCAGGAGAAACUUGCCGCCAGCCAAGGACUAGGAGCAGGUGCAGCAGACGGUGGAGCUGUGGAGGAGUUAAGACCUGGGUCAAGGGAAGUUGGCAUUGAUGUGCCCCCCAGUGACCCCCCUCCUACGGUGCCCCAACAGUCUCAGCCUCCUAAGAAAAAUAUAAAUCAAGGUGACCCAGAAAGUAGAAGAGGUUCGAUGACUAGUGGACACCCGCGAUCACCAAUAAACAGUGCAAAGUCAUCAUCACUUCCUCGACACAAGUCAAAUCAAAACAAACUAAAGUCAAAUCAGACAAGUAGUGAAGUACGAACUAAACCUCAAUUGAAACAGCAAAUGUUGCAAAACCUAAAAACAAGUAGAGGGGGUUGUGAAGUGUUGAGUGGCAACCAGGGGAGGGGCACGUCCAAGGGGCAGUGGUCUGGUCACCCUCGUGGCCCUUUCAGUGCAGUUACCCGCAGUCUAGAGAGGCAUUACUGUAGAGGGAACCAGCGGACCACUUUUGGCCAGGAUCUUUCCACCAUGAUCUCAAACUGGGCUUCCCGUAACCGAGAAUUGUUGAGUCGGGAACCUGUGAUGGGGAAGCUGGUUCGUGCCUCGUCCGAUGAAUCUCUAGCCUCUCAAACUCUCCAGCGCACCAAUCACGCACACCAACCCCCUUCGCAUGAGCACAUAUCAUCACAGGAUACCUUAAGAUCGAGGUUAGAUUUUGGUCCUGGGCUGGGCAUGAAGAAGUCCUCUAGUCUGGAGUCCCUGCAGACCAUGGUUCAGGAGAUGGCCUUAGAGGAAGAGGGGCAUAGGAUGGGCUCAGGCCGGGUACCAAGAGGGCGAGGCUGCAAUGAGAGCUUUCGUGCCGCUGUUGACCGAUCCUAUGAUGUUCCUCUCAAUGGCCUGCGUAACAAGAUGGAGACACUGGGGAAUCUCACACCUGAAGAAUAUUUUGCUUGUUUAGUUGCAGAGGAAGAGUCCGAGUCAAGUGGCUCAGGCUUUGGGAGAGGUAAUAGUCGACAGUCAUCGGUAAAUUCUGCGGCGGACGACAAGCACAAGAAAGUUGGUAAAAAGAAACCGGGGCUCUUCAAAGGUCUAGGGUCCAUGUUCAGAUUUGGUAAGCAUCGUAAAAGUGUGGAUAAUACCAGUGGACUGCCAAUUAAGUGUGAUAGAGAGGGGGAGAGAGGAGAGGGUCGUACGGAAAUGGACAGAGCGGAAAUGGAGAGACUAGCUGCUGCCCGACGGUUACAGCAAGAAGAGCACGAUCACAUGCAGGAGCAGUACAGACGCCUCAUUGAGAAUACUUCUUGGGCCUCUCAGCAGCAACAACAGCCCCCACAGAUGCGAGGAGAGGAUGGAGAGCCAUCACGGUCAGAGCGGAUGCAUCAGUUAAGAGCGGAGCACCAACGCCGUCAUGCUCAGAGGAACCGAACUUACCCGACUGAUGACUUGGAGGAGCGAUAUGAAAGUGCCCUCAGACAGGUGCUCGAAGAGAGAGGAGACUCGGAGGCUGACAAGGCUAACAAUAACACGCUUAACUCUACUGACACCAAGCCGCAAGUAAUGUCCGAGAGCAAUGUGCAUAGGCACUCAAAAACUCCCAAAUCCACACCUUCAUUAUCCUCUUCCUCUGCCACUACUAACAAAACAAAAGGUGUAGGAAAUCCAAACAGACACUCAUUCCAUGGGAUCAUUAGCAAACCCUCCAACUCUGCCUCAGUCAACACAAAUCGUAAUUCCUUCUAUGGGUCCUGCAUUAGGCCUGAAAAUGAUUCCCCCAGCCCUGUUGAGACUCCUGAACCAUCACCCCAAGUGUCUUGUGCACCUCAGCUUCCUCCAUCUAAUCCUUCAACAUAUAAAUAUGUACAUAAUAAUGAAAUAUAUUCAAAACCUUGCAAAGUGUCUAAAAAGCCAGAGCGACCUUCUGAAAUGUAUUCCGCGUCAUGCAGUGAAGGUGAUGAAGCUCGUGUAAAUAAUUUAUCAAACUUAAUUAUUCAGAACACUGUAUCCAGUAAGCCACCUCUCCCCCCAAGGAAUAGACCAAUAAAUAAUAACUAUAAACCUCCCCUCCCACCACUCAUCCCUAAACCCAACCAAUCUGCUAGUCUUUCCAUGUCGGUGAAUCAACCAAAAACAAACCAAAGAGCCUUCCAGGCCCCCACUAGUCAUUCAACCUCACAGUUUUGUCAUAUAAACAAAAUUAACCCAGACUAUACUUUCUCUUUCACAAAAUCUGUGUCAGGGUCAGUAUCACCUCCACUCCUUCUCCCCAACAAUAAUCACUCAAAUGUUGACCAUUAUGAUGUGGUAAAUAGGAAUCUCAUUAACCAAAAUAUGAGUGAACACAACACAACUUUCUUGGUGUACAAUGCUAACAAUUCAUGCAGUGGUGGUGGUAGUACAAGGAUAUCUGGUGAUGGUGUUAGUAAUAGAGUGGUGAUGGCUACAUCUGUGGUGGGGGGAGGGACCAGUUAUCCCAACACCACUAACAGUGGUAGUUGCAUCAGUAGCACAGCAGCACCGUUAAGCAGCAGUAGCAGCAGCAGCAGCAGUAGCAGCAGCAGUGGUGGUGCAGCAGCUCGUACAAACUCACUACCCCGUAUGGGCGUGAAAGGGAAGGCUGCGGCUAUGUCUGCCCGUGGGCCUCCUUGCCCAGCACCUCCACCCCCACCCAAAGCUGCUCCUAAUCCUCUAGCUGCCCUGCGAUCUACUGCCAUACUAGACAAUAGCCUGUUCUGGCGACUUGACCCGGUCCCAAGCGAUCCCAAACCUGAUAUUCGGCACACACGCUCUCACAGCUACGACCUCUACGGUGAUAACGCCGGGAGACCUGGUAGCCGUACUGCCUAUGCUGAUCCUCACAAAUAUUCUCAUUAUGUUAAUUAUGAACAAAUACAACAACACUUACGCAAAAACAAGGAGCAGGAAAGGCUAAAGAAAUUAGCUAGUCAGCAGUAUCAAGAUUUUCGGGAUAAGCAGACUAGGCGACAGCAGGAGACCUCCCACGGUACCCUGUUGCACAAACUGGAGGAGACGUUUAUUCACGAAUCAAUUCUUGCAAGUCGCGAGGCUCGGGAGUAUCAGAGUCAGCGAGGGCCUCGUGAUUCUGGCCGCGACAACCAACACCGACCAGUCAGUAAUUACUACGAGUAUGAGAGUGUGCAGGCCAUGAUUUCUCAUGCCCAAGAGAACAGCAGCACCUCCCUGCCAAGAAGACAUCAUCCUCCACCACCUGGACCACCUCCAGCUGCAGCAGCUGCUGCAUCUAUUGCCAAAAAUAGUGGAAACAGUGGCCAAAGCAACUCUUUGUUCCUUGGUACUUCCCAGCCACACCACAUGUCUAUGUUCAAACAAGCCUCGGGCUCGUUCAUACAUGGUAAUCAGCCUGCACGUGUAGGCCACGCAGGAGUCAACGUGGGUCAGCCCGGCUCACUUACUGGUCACCGAGAACACACUGACAUUCCACGGGAGCACCCUCGUGACGUACCCCACAUGGAAGGCAUCUACGCAUCAGGUUAUCGACCAGCGAGCCAUUAUACUGGGCCACACUAUAAACCUCCUCCGCCACCGCCGCACCAUCACACAACAAAACUCACAGUACCGGGUUCCAAAGUAUGAGAAUAACUUAUCUCUGGAAUUUAAAAAGGUGCUGUAAAAAUUGUAUAAAUAGAUUUAUUCUAGUGCGGAAAAAGUGAAAUGAUUAAUUUAUUGAAAAUCAAAAAUAUAAUUUUGUGCAUAUGUGAGAUAGAACAUGUAAAAUAUGAGUGGUGACGAGCUGAGAUUGUGACAGUGCUGUGAAAAUUGUGGGGUGUAAAUUAUUCUGAAGUCAUUGGUUUAAGAACUAUUUUCCUUGCCUUGAAUAUGCUGACGGAGUGCUAUUUCUCGGCAUCCGUGGCCAUGUAUUUGUUGUACGGUGCAACAUUCCAGAAACUGUAUUUCUACUUUUAAGAUUUAAAUAAUAAAUUGUCUUUCUUGCCUUUUACAUAUAAUUAAAUUUUGUACAGAGAGUGAGGGACCAAAUGUUCUUAUAUUAUUACAGUACAGUACCUGGAUAAUGUGCAACUUUUAUUCUUUUAUAUAACUUAUAGUUAUUUCAAUUUGAAAUGUGAAUAAUAAUCGAAGAUAAUUUGGAUCUUUGGAUUCUAAAGACGAAGCCAAGGUUUUGAGGUUGCAUCGGCUACCAGUUUCAAAUCAGCGAAGUGAUAACAAGCCAAUUUUAUUGAGCUUGCACCGUUUUUAAUAUAUUUUACCCUCAAGUCAUUUGUAAAAAUAUUACAGUGCUCCAGGAUUGGGUGCCUUAUCUAUAGUGAUUUGGAUGAAUAUAAAGUGCCAUCCAUAAAUAUGCCUUGACAGUUCAUAAUGAACUGAUUUGUCCAUAAGGAUUGUUGGAGAUGAUGCUAGCCUGACAUGUGUACAUGACCUAGUAUUACAUACAUAUAUAUGUACAGAUUUAUAUAGAUCCCAUAUAUUGAAGGAGUAUAUUAUUAGGUUAGCAAAAGUCUAAAAUCUUACUUACAUUUUAUGCUGACUUUUAUUAUGCUUCUUUAGCUUUUAAUAAACAAGAAUCUUAUUCGACACAGACUCUUCUAGACACUAUCAACUCGACCAGUAGUUACGCUGUGCCAAAGUGACUUUGGGUUACAUUCCUUAACAGACUUGUUGACCUGUAAACAUUGGUUGUACAGGCCUCAUUGUGUGUGGUCACUUACAGUUCUGUCAUGUAUGUACAUUUUUUGUAAAAGUUUUUGUAAAAAGCAUUAGUAUGUAGGUAUGUAAGAGGCAGUUUUUUAUACUAUGUAAAUGGCAGUAGCAAUGUGCUACUGGGCUGCAUUAUUUUCUGCUCAAGAUGCAGCUCUACUGUGUUUUAUGUAACUGGAUCUAUUCCAAUACUCCAAAGGAAAAUAAAGGAAAUUUUAGUAA